AUGCAUAGAAAAAUAGAGGCAGCGCGAUGGGAUUGGGUGGAGUCGUGGUUGAAUGACAACGAGUAUGAUGACGACCGUCUGUGUGCAUCAAACAUUGACAUAACCGACAAUAACUUACAAGUGGUAUAUGGUUUGGACAAGACAUGUGACAUAGAUAAACAGAAACCACAUAGCAACAGGAAGUAUAAUGUCGCCUGUGUCCAUUCAUUAGGGCAGAAGAAGAGGCUUGCUGAUAUAGGUGAAGGCAAGAAUAAACGCGUUUCGAAAGGGGCAGAUACUAAAGAGAUUUCCAGAAGUAGUUAUAGCAGGGGUGGUGUGAAGCGUAGAACCAGUGCGUUCGUAGAAGAGAAUGAUGGGGAUGCGCUUGAAUCGAAUGUGUCCAUACCCAACAAGCGUGCUAGGAAGUGGAUUAAGAAGGGCUUGAGCAAUCUGGGCAAUACGUGUUAUAUGAAUGCUACACUCCAG